AUGUGUGGGUUCUGUCGUGAAGCCAUUUGUACAAAUUUAUGCGUCGAGACUCUUGAAAGGAUCUUGAAUGCUUAUUCGGAGUCGUUAAAGCAAAGUUAUAUAUCCACUCGUGGGGUUGUUGUUUUGGAGUUCGGACUUCAAGCGCGUUCCUUGAAGUCUCGAGAGGAUGACUUGAUCUGCGAAUUGGAAUCGAAAUAUCGCCAAGAUCUGCUAAUUAUUGAAAGGUUCUUUAAUUUUGAAUUGGCAGUGUAGAUUUCAGGUUGUGAAAAUUCGGCUGUAGAUUUUAACCCUCUAUCUGGUGAGAAUGUAUCAUCUUGGCAGUUUCCUGGUGGUGUUUUCGAGAGGGAUUUUGCUGACUCCUCUGAUAAACCUUGUAUCUGCCAAGAAUCAGAAUCGAAUUCUUUUUCUAAAACUGAUUUGGAAAGCUUCGAGAUAUUAGAUUCCUCACAUUCUUCAAACUGUUCUUGCAGUUACUUACCAUCUGACAAGUCGGGAGCACUGCCAACUGAAGCGCAGACACCACUCUUUCCUGAGUCCAGCAUUUCAUCAUGGCUUUCGGACGGUCGUUUGCCUCCAUCGAAAUGCGAGAAAAGCGAUCGAGUUUUCCCUACAUUUGUUGCAAUUCCAAGCUUCUGGCUUUGCGCGGCAAGAGUUGGCAACGAGCGCUUAUUGAAAGCUCCAAGUGACGACGAUUUGGCGACCAAGAUGGCGACUAUGGUAUUGAAACACGAAAAAGAAAAAAGAGCUGAGGUAAGCGAUUUCAGUGGUUUACUGCCCCUCGAUGCCUUCUUCCUUGUUUUGUUGCGUUUUUUGUUUCGCAAUAAGUCUGAUAUUGGAGUGGAUAGCGUUUGCUGCAAACCUGUUAAUGGGGAACCGUUCUACAAGCGUCUUGAUGGCUGCGCAAUUCAAGCGGCGAGCGAGGCCAUACUGAAGUCAACCAAACAAUGUAUUGGAACCUGGAUCGCCUGCCACACUCCUAAGGACGAAAAGAAAUGUAACGCUGAGGCUAACCUUCCGGAUGCUCAUGCCUCCGAAUCCUCUGUGUUGGUCACUCAGUUGCGCAAAAUUGGUGCCACCGACUAUGGCAUGUGGCUCUCCACUAAGAGGCGCAACGAAACGGGCUCG